UUACGUCCAUAUGCAUAGAAAUUCCUAGACGAUGUCUAGACAUACUAGGCACUAGGUAGAGUCUCAAAUCAAACCUUACCUUACGCCUAGCGCUUUCUUAAACCAUGCGACAAAGCAAGACAGGCAAAAUUGAUUCUAAUAACGGAUUCGCCAACUCGCCCAUUUCUAGUGGUCCGGACUGGAUAUGGAUUUAUUAAGUUCCGGAUCAACUUCGGGUCAUUGGUUAAGCGUGCUUCUAGUUUGGGCCCCUUUCUUUCCGGAUGGGUAAUUGAUUAAGGGCCUUUUCUCAUUUUAUAGUUAAAACCUAGCCCAGCCCACGUCUCCAAUACAAAGGAACACGGACUAAACGACAAACACAAAAACUGACACGCUGGAUCUCGCGUGCCUCACUGUAAUGCGACGCCGUUCUGGUUUAAGCAGACCUGCGUUGCCAUUCCAAAGCAGCAAGCCUUCAACUUCCCCUGGCGACUGAGAAUCGAAGCUCGCUUUCUCUUCGCCGUCUCUCCGACCUCUCCCUCUGAUCAGAAAAAAAAUGCACCGCUGAUGACCAAUGGAUCCUCGCUGUCUUCCGACCCUUCAAGAUGAACAAAUCUCGAGCGGUCGCAGCAUCAUCCCCAGGUCUGCCCUCUUUCUUCUCUUCUUCUUCCAUCCCUUUCCGUAACUCCUCCAAUCGGCUGCUCUCUAUUUUCUCUACCUCGGCCGCCGCCGCCGCCGCUCCUUCUCCUCCUCCGGCGAAGGACCCAGCUGACAUUCCUUCUCAGCUUCUCUCAAUCAUUUCUCUUCCCAACUGGCAGAAACACCAUUCCGUCCGAAAGCUAAUGUCCGACAUCUGUCCUUCUCACGUAUCCUCUCUUCUCCAUUACAACCCUGGCCUUCCCCCUUACGUCGCACUCAAUUUCUUCAAUUUCGUGGCGAGGAAACCCGGGUUCAGGCACGAUGUUCGGUCGCAUUCAUUGCUUUUGGAUAUUUUGAUUCGGAAUAAGCUCUUCGGUGUUGCCGAGAAAGUUAGGAUUGCCAUGGUUAGAGGUUGCAGUUCGGUUGAUGAGGCGCCCUCGGUUUUGGAAUGUUUGCGAGGUAUGAAGAAAAGGGGAACGGAGAUGGAGUUUAAGCUCACUGUUAGGAGUUACAAUGAGCUGCUCAUGAUGUUAUCGAGGUUCCUGAUGAUUGAUGAGAUGAAGAAAGUUUACAGUGAGAUGAUCGAAGACUUUGUUUCGCCGAAUAUAUACACAUUCAAUACUAUGAUUAACGUGUAUUGUAAAGUGGGGAAUGUGGUUGAGGCGGAUUUGUACGUGAGUAAAAUUCUGCAGGCUGGUUUGCGGCCGGAUACUUUUACUUACACUUCGUUGAUACUGGGGCAUUGCAGGAAUAAUGAUGUGAAUGAUGCAUUUAGAAUUUUUAAUGUGAUGCAGAAGAAAGGUUGUAGAAGAAAUGCAGUUUCUUACACGGUUCUCAUACAUGGACUCUGUGAGGCCGGAAGGGUUGAUGAAGGCAUUCGUUUAUAUAAGAAGAUGGGAGAAGAUAAUUGUAUCCCGACUGUUCGAACUUAUACGGUAAUGAUUGAUGCAUUACUUGCAAACGGUAGGCAAUUAGAAGCAAUGGAUAUGUUAAGCAAAAUGAAGGAGGCAGGGUGUGAGCCGAAUGUUCAUACUUACACUGUUUUGAUUGAUGCCAUGUGUAAAGAAAAGAAGAUGGAGCAGAGUAGACAAAUGUUAGAUGAGAUCGUAGAGAAAGGAUUGAUUCCCAGUGCAGCUACCUACAACUCUUUGAUUGGUGGGUACUGCAAAGAGGGGAUGAUGGAUGUUGCGCUCGAAAUCUUUGAAAUGAUGAAGUCUAACAAUUGUAAGCCAAAUGAACGCACUUACAAUGAGUUGAUCUAUGGAUUCUGUGAGGCGAAAUGUGUGCACAAGGCGAUGGCAUUACUAGAUAAGAUGCUUGCUUCUAAGCUGACCCCUACCGUUAUUACUUUCAAUUUGUUGAUUCAUGGGCAGUGUAAAGUAGGUGAUUUAGAUAGCGCUUACAAGUUGCUUGAUUUGAUGGGUGAUAAUAGUGUUAUUCCAGAUAUAUGGACUUACGGUGUUUUUGUGGAUGCCCUUUGUAAAAAGAAGAGGGUAGAGGAAGCUCUUGCUCUGUUUGAUAACCUGAAGGAGAAAGGAAUACAGCCAAAUGAAGUGAUUUACACUGCAUUGAUUGAUGGACUUUGUAAAGCUGGAAGGGUAGAUGAUGCUUGUUCUUUGCUGGAAAAAAUGCACAGUGAACAUUGUCAGCCUAAUUCAUCCACGUACAAUGCCUUGAUACAUGGGUUUUACAGUGAGAGAAAAACGAAAGAAGCUCUGCAGUUGGUGGAAAAUAUGGGAAAGGUGGGUUUAAAUCCCACUGUUCAUACUUACACGAUCCUAAUCAAAGAGAUGCUGAAAGAAGGUGAUUUUGAUCACGCUCAUAGGAUUUUAAAACAUAUGCUUUCCUUAGGAUGCAAACCUGAUGCAUAUACAUAUACAGCUUUCAUCCAUGCAUACUGCAGCAUAGGAAACCUUCAAGAAGCGGAGGAUAUGAUGGCCAGGAUGUCUGAAGUUGGAGUGAUCCCAGAUUCCUUGCCAUAUACAUUUUUAGCCGAUGCUUAUGGGCGACUGGGAUUGAUGGAUGAUGCAUUCACUGUCCUCAAGCGCAUGGUUGACAAUGAUUGUGAACCUUCUCAUCAUACAUAUGCUGUUUUAAUCAAGCAUCUGUCCAAGGAUAAAUUGAGUGAAGAGAACCUCAGUCUGACAGGAGUUGGUGUUAGAGAUGCAGCAUUUUUGGAUGUUGGUGAUGUAUGGAAGGUUAUAGAUUACGAUACUGCUUUGUUGCUUCUAGAUAAAAUGAUAAAACAUGGCUGUUCGCCCACUGUAAACACUUACGCUAAGCUUAUUAUCGGACUUUGCAAGGUGAGACGCUUGACUAUGGCUCAAGGGUUACUCAGCCAUAUGAAUAUGAAAGGGCUGUCACCUAAUGAAGAUAUUCUUAGUUCUCUUCUGGUUUGUUGCUGUGAGCUGGAAAUGUAUGCGGAUGCAUUAAAUCUACUGGAUGCUAUGAUGAAGCAUGGCCAUUCACCAACAUUGGAUUCUUUCAGGUUCAUUGUGUGUGGGUUAUAUAACGAAGGGAAUAAUGACAAGGCUCAGGCAGCAUUUUCCUACUUGCUUCAUCGUCAGUACAAUUAUGAUGAAGUGGCUUGGAAAGUUCUAAUUGAUGGCCUGCUCAAAAAAGGCCUUAUUAAUGGUUUUUCUGAAUUAUUCAGCCUCAUGGAAAAGAAGGGUUGUUUUGUUCAUCCCAAAACUUACACCAUGUUAAUUGAAGGACUUGAUGGAUCAUGAUGUCGAUACUAUUCUCUAUUGAGAUUGUUCUGUUUGGGGACAGGUUCUUUGUUGUUUGAUGUCGAGGCGGCAGGAGCCUGUCUAUAAAGAAGCAGCUGGCUUAUGGAAAUUGAAUGAGGCAAGUCGCUACUAAGUUUUGUCAUAUAAUUUUAUCUUCUUAGAUUCACUGUUUCAUUCUUUAAGAAAUGACUGAUGGUUCCUCUUUCCUAUGACAGCUUGCUCGACAGGUCUUCUUUAUGAAGACUUGAUCACAAAUUCCAUUUGGAAUUUCUUGCGAGGAGGCUUGCUGAACAAUGAUUCUUAAAGGGGCACAGGGAGUUCCAAUUGAUCGGUCUACAUCUUCUGCUUUUCAUUGUAAGUCAUUCUGAUAGCAAGGUCCCUAACAGAUCGCAAUUCUGUGUUUCUGUUUGUGUCAAAUUGACCUCUACUCUUGGUUGCAGGCUUUGGGGAUCGAGAAUAUUAUUCAUAAAUACCAUCUCUGGUGACAGCUCAGGUUGAAGAGGCUUUUUACUGGAAUUCCUUAAAUCUCCAGAGCAUGUCAGAUAGAAGUUAACGAGCAGGUGCAACUUCACCAGGGCCCAACAAACUAUCGUAUGUAAUGUAAUUUGUUGUCUUAGGUUAUCAGUCCAGUUAACUGGAAUUCCUUAUGAAAUCUCUACAGCAUAUCAAAUAUAAGUUAACGAGCAGGUGCGACUUCAGCGGGGCCCGAAGCUAACGUAUGUAAUAUAUUGUCUUAGCUUAUCAGUUUAGUCCAUUUUACUCUGCAUCUUGUGGAAGUUUGUACCUGUAAAUCAUUAUCGUAAAUGCUCCAUGGAAGCUUAGAAUCAUUUCUUCCUAUGUUGCAUUUUUUUGCUUAAAAGUGAAACAUAAGUUCUGCAUACUGGUCUUAUAAAAAAAAGUUCUGCUUACUGGCACUGGAUGAAAUGUGUCUGCAGCUGGUUGUCUCCGGCUGCACGCACUCGCCUUAGGAGAGAACAUUUCACUCAGUUGGGAGUUGGUGCUUCUUAGCCACAUUGUAAUAAGAUCGGUACUUAUCUGCACAUUUGCGUUCUGUGUUCAGGUUCAACUCAUCCUCGCACUCAAUUUGGAAGAGCAGAAGAGAAAUGACCCUCUUGGUAUGGAACUCAAUGUUAGACUCCCGAGACUAUCUGUGGUGAAGUUAAGAUCAAUUGUUGCAAUGAGGUUCCAAAAGAUUCAGUGACUUUCCAUGAGACUGCUGCUACUUUUGACCAUGUAAAUACUGAGAGCAACAAAAAGGAGUCCAUUCAAUCAGACAUACCAGACCUUUCUCUACUGCAAGAGUAAGGGGUCUUUCUCCAAGUGCCAUUUGAUAUUUAUCAAAGGUCCAACGUUUGUGGAUUGCUGAAGGAUCUUGUCAUUGUUUCAGUGCCGCAGGUAUGCACCAUAGAUUUAUACCAUGACAAUUCAACUUUUUUAUUUCAGUUGCUGGAACUUUCUAUUGGAAGUGUCUGAGUUUUGCCAGCAACAUGGCAACAAUGUUCCUAAUGAAAUCGCGAGAGUAUGUCUUUUGGAAAAGCAGAAAACGUAAAAAGACUUGUCCCCUCAUAGACUAACUUUACGUACUGGAAAACUUUUGUCCAACGGCAUUGUCCUGUACAAAUUUUCCAUUUCUGAAUAUUCUUGUGCAUAAUGUCUGACAAGUCUGAGAAUGAAAGCUAUAUCGAUUUGCUUGAAGUGAACAGACAUGAUUUUGAAACAGGAGGAGAACCAGGUUGCAUAACUGAUACAGAGCCUUACGUUUAUGAUCAUGACCGUCGUUGAGUGGUCACUUUAGUAACAGUUAGUUUCUGAUUUGUCUAUGUUGUAGGUCAAAUGAAAGAUGGUGCUGCAGUAAGAAGAAAUGUCUGCUAGCAAGGAACGCACAUGCCAUUAUCCAAUGGCAACGCAUAACACAUUAGUUAGUAUGCGCUAUAUGCUGCGCGAUGGCCUGAUAGGCAAGGUUAAUCAGUCUUUGCUCACCUUCCUCAAGUUGUAAAGAUUGAUUGAAAUGCUUCACCAGAAGCUCAUCUCCAAGCCCAGUUCUGCUGUAGCCUGUAGCUGAGAUUUCAUUAUCCAGUGUGACUUGACUAAUCGUCGAGGAUUGAGCAGACUCAGAAGAGUUUUCACUUGAAAGCUGGAGAGAAAGGGAGACUAAGUGUGAUCGAUGGACCAGCAGAUGCAAGUAAUUACUUCUUUGUAGCGACGACCACGAAUUGAUGGUCAGACUGACUCGCUCUCUACUGUAGUCCGUAAAUUAUUCAAGUAUAAGCCUUCUCAUGGAAAUUAAAGUUGACACACUGUUCAUACACUGCGGUUCUGAAGAUUUCAUAGGAAUUUUGAGGUUUACAAACAAGAACACCUUUUUCUACAGAGGUAUUAUGCAUAGCAAAAGGGUUCUUUAUGCUCAAAAAGGGCAAUACAGCAACAGUUUCAUGCAAGAACAAGAUUCUAAUUGAACGAGAGCUAAUGUUUCAUUAACAUAGCACAAAAUCUUAAUGUAAGAAUUGAAUAACUAGUAAGACAUACAAUAACCAAAAGACUUUCCUUCUCUUAGAUCCAAAAAGAACAGCUCAGAAUUGCGCUUGCGCACUCUAUUUUGCUCGAGUUGCCGACUUUAUUUUCUAUCUACUAGAUGUCGGGUUUCUCCGGUUCUUCCUCCUUAUCGGGAUUUUCGUCUCCUUCCUCUUCCUCUUCUUUCUUCUUGUCUCCGUCUUCCUCUUCCUCCUCCUCUGGGGGAGGAUCGUAUGGCAAUGGUGGUGGAAUCGGUGUUUUCAUUGGGCUGAAUUGGGGGAAUAUGUCCGGUCUUCGCCCGGGCUUCGGCCUUUCCCAUUCCUGCAAUGCCAAGUUCACUACUGUUAUACAAGAGAGACUCAGAGACCACGUUGCAUCUUUUCAUCCUAAAUUUAGCUGAACAAGACCAGGAGGCUAGUCAAUUGCAUGGGUUAAGGAAGUAGCUUUACACUGAGCCCUAGCUAUGAAAUUGAAAUGGAUGUUAUCAAUCAAAACAUAAACAAGUCAUUAAAUGAAAACCCAUCAAUCCAUAUUCCUCACCAGACUUCUGAGUUUUCAGUCACUUGUCAAGAUCUGAACAUUCCGGAUUUUUCGUAAAUGGUUCAUGGGAUAAACACUGAAUCUAUAACCGUUCAACUCAGGCAACCAACGGAAAAGGUUGUCAUCCUAUAAUGACAACCCUACUUUCAGUGGAGCCGGGAUGAGUAACCCACUGGUCCCCCAAGAACAGGGCCUUUUCCCCUAAAAGCAGCUAGUUUUCAAUUGCUCACAAUAAAACAUGGCAUUUGCU